CAUUGAACUUAUCGCUAGGCCAUCUUUAAACUCGCUAUACUUAUCGUUAGGCAUUUCAAUCGCAGUGUAUUAUUGAGUUAUAUUACGAAGUAUGGUUUCAAGUAAAGUUGCAGAGAUGCAAGAACAAGAUAGCGGCAGUGAUUCAGAGGGAUCCAUAUCGGAGAUGUUGGGUUUAGGGGAAGGAAACGAAGAUGCAGAAGUAGAACAAGAUGAUCUUGAAGUGGACAGCGACGAAGAGAACGCCAUGGCCGAAGCCGAAAUAAAUAUAGACAAUGCUGAUGACGAUCAAUUAAGAGCCAUGUUUGCUGCAGGCGCUUUGGACAAGACUGUCAGCAUAGGGGGAGCGAGGAAGAAGCCAGAGAAAGUUGAUCGGGAACCCUAUCUGAACGUGCCUGGGUUGGAACAACGUUUGGCAGAUAUCAAAUACCCCGCUGAUAUGCACUGGGUACAGCGUAUGGAUGUCACAUCCGCCGAACCCCUGGUUAUUGAGAAUAUAGAUGAUGACGCAGAGAGAGAGAUGGCUUUUUACAAACAAGCACUGGAGGCCGCCAAUAUCGCGCGUACGCGUCUUACAGUCUACGAUGUACCUGUAGACAGACCAGAGGACUACUUUGCGGAGAUGGUGAAGAGCGACGAACACAUGAAGCGGGUGCGAAUGAAGCUCAUCGAGGAGAGGGAGAAUCUGGAGAAGAGUCAGAACGCCAAGAAGCAACGCGAGCUCAAGAAGUUCGGCAAAGAGAUCGAGAAACAGGUGCUUGAGAAGCGAAAUAAACAGAAGAAGGAUGACUUAGAAUCAAUCAAGAAAUUGAGAAAGAACCGGGACAAUCACAUCGGCGAUAAAGAUGACGACGAUCAGUUCAAUAUUACUGUAGAGAAGGAAUUGAGUGGCGGCAAUAAAAGAAAGGCGGACACGGAUAGGGAUAGUACGGGCGCAUUCAACAAGCGAGCGAAACCUAUGCACAACCCUAAGCGACAGGCCGCAGAUGCCAAGUAUGGAUAUGGCGGUGGAAAAAAGCACGCAAAGAGCAACACGCGGGAUAGCACGGAUAAGUCGAACUUCAACCCUAAACAGAUGAAGCAACCGCUGAAGGGCAUGGGAACCAAGAAGAAGGGCGCCGCAAAGAGGCCGGGCAAGGGGCGUAGAAAUAAAUUCUAAGUACUAAAUUAGGACACUUUGAAGUAUCUACAUGCGCGAGAGAGCUCUUCUGAAAUGAGUUGGCGGACCAAGGAUGAAUGUAUAUUCUGAGAAAAUGUUCUCGGAACGCUGAGUUACAACAAAGGUUUUCAAUAAAUCCUUGUCAUUUGACAUCCA